AUGAUACAACAGUGUUCGUCUGCAGCCAGCGGUUAUACUCUCCAACGUCUUUCAUUGCGUUGUAAUCAACGUUUUAUUUUUCAUAUGGACAAAAUCGAUACAGAGGGUCAAAUAGAAGCGCAAAUUAUACGUUAAAGUAUUGAUUAUGUGUACAGUUUUAUUUUCGUGCUAAACACCAUCUUUAAAAAAUUGUAACCAACGCAGUCGUUAUAUUCAUGAUAGAAAUAAAAAGUACUGCGAUUUAAAUUUGUUACUGCUUCUAAGUAAAUAAUCGUUAGUAACGUGUAUCUAUGUAGAUUAACUUAAUCAAUUAUCUGACUGUGCUUUGUUUCAUUGGUACUUUGUGCCUGGAUAAACGUAUGUCUUCCUUGCAGAUAGGCCCUUUUGUUUGAUCUCACCACUAGUUCCGAACCAGUGUAAACAUAGAGACUCAGCACAGGUUUACAUCAUCUGAUACUGAGUCACAGUGGAACGUUCCUGUCAGCACGAGCCAUUUGGUGACGUCGUUCUUCAGAAAACGUACUUCGUAUUAGGCUAGAAAGGCAGCACCACGUCCGAAAUGCUGGCUUCCAAUCGAUCUACUGCAACGGUAAUGGAAAAGAACAUUCCAGAGACUGCAACGGUAAUGGAAAAGAACAUUCCAGAGAAGGAAAAGGGUUCUUCAAAACUUCGAAUUGUCUGGAGAAACGUUUACAUUUUUGCGUUUCUUCACGCAACUUCCUUGUAUGCCAUCUACCUAGUAUUCACAUCAACAUUGCUGAAAACGGUCGUAUUUGCGUUUGUAUUGUACGUUAUAUCAGGCUUAGGCAUAACUGCUGGAGUUCACCGGUUAUGGGCACAUCGAUCUUACAAAGCCAAGUGGCCUCUGAGACUACUGUUGGCAUUCUUUAACUCGGUGGCAUUUCAGAACGACAUCUAUGAAUGGUCCAGAGACCACAGAGUCCAUCAUAAGUUUUCUGAGACGGACGCCGACCCCCAUAACGCUACACGUGGAUUUUUCUUCUCACACAUAGGAUGGCUAUUAGUUAAAAAACAUCCUGACGUCAUUGAGAAGGGAAAGACGGUCGAUUGUACCGACAUCUUGGCAGACCCAGUUGUUAGAUAUCAGAGGAAAUACUACAUUCCGUUGAUUGUAUUAUGCUGUUUCGUCAUGCCUACUGUAGUGCCAGCCUGGUUCUGGAAUGAAACUUACUGGAACGCUUUCUACGUGGCCGUGAUCCUCCGUUAUUGCUGGACAUUAAACAUAACCUGGCUAGUAAACAGUGCCGCCCACAUGUGGGGAAAUAGGCCUUACGAUCGCUAUAUUAAUCCACGAGAAAACAAAUACGUUAUAGUCAGCACAAUGGGAGAAGGAUUCCAUAACUACCAUCAUACUUUUCCAUGGGAUUACGCCACAAGUGAGUUAGGCUUCAGGUGGAACAUAACCACUAUGUUUAUUAACUUCAUGGCCUUUCUUGGUCUGGCUUAUGACCGAAAAACUGUUUGUCUCGAGGUGAUCAGGAAGCGAAAAGAAAGAACCGGAGACGGCAGUUAGUAUAUGUUCUGUUUGAUGUACCUUUCUGAAACUAAUAGUGGACUUUUUGACUAAUUACUAUCACGUGACAGACCAUCUCUCGCUUUUUCUUGUAUAUUUUGUUACGAAAUACUUUUCUUUAUGUACUAAAAUGCCAAGAGACUAAAAGGCACUAAUAGAUUGCCCACCUUCUGUUCUUAUUUGUUUUCUAAAGGAAACAAAAAGAUAAAGAAUACAAAGGGCAGGAUAUUAAAGUUAUUUUAUUGUUAACCAGUGUACAGUUUAUAAAUGUGUAGUUACAUGGAUCGUAUUUAAGAAAUUUCGUGUAAACUAUAUGGAGUACCAAAGUGUUAUUAUGUAUGUUAGAUAUAUAUAUACAGUCACACACAAAUGGUGUUUGCUAUUGUGUACCGUUACUAUAAUUUAGCAUCACACAUUGUGUAUUAUUGGCCUUGAAAUGCUGAAUCACCUAGAAAAUCCAAAUUCAUAGAUGUAUUAUUUUUUUCUUGAUAACUUUUGUUAUCCAUUAAUUCCUCGCAUUAUGUCAGUCAGUUUAUAAAUGAAGAAUUGAUCUGCGUUAUAAAGUAUUUCAAAUUGUGUAGAAUCUUACAGAACUAGCUCAGGUACUUGUAGCACUUUCAAAAGGUUGACGUUCUUGGUAAGGAUAUUAAAAUAAAAAGUUUUCCAUUCCCUA